CAGUGAUUUGUACAUGUUUCUGAGAAGAAACAAAUACCAACCUUGUCACCAGUAAUGGGGGCAGGAUUUGAUAUUUCUUGAAACCUAUUUAAAAAUUAAUAUUGAGGGAUUUGAGUUUCCCCUUCCCGUUGCUAUUGGUGUCAGUGGAGUUAACUAAUAGUCAGCCUGUUAAACAAAUUUUUGGGUUUGGUUGGAUGUUUUAGUUUGAGAUAACAGUUUUCUGUUCCUGCUGUUGUUUAACUUCUGUUUGAGACCAACAGCUCCAGGCAGGAGCUUAGACAGAGGCAGGGAUAUAGUUCUUGGAUAGAAUACUGCAUUCCUAUACAGAAGGAGAAGUAAAGUUUUGAAAGCCAGCCAGGUCCAAACAUUGUUGCUAAAACUUAAUAGAUCAGACACCAUAAAUAUUAAGGACCAAAAUAUUAUCACUGCACAUAAACAAAAUUGCAUAUCCUGACAAAUUUUACACACUUUUCUGAGAAGGAAGCCCUAAGAUUUUAUUUGAAAGGGACACCUCAUGUUAUGCUGCUAAAAUCUGGCAAAGAAAAUGGUCACUGAGAAUGUUUGGUUUAUCCUUUCAUCCCUUCAUGGCAGAUUGUUCUUAUGCUAAAACAUUGCCAGUUUGUAUUGUUGGAGGAAAGUUGAAUUGGUUCAGCUUCAGGAGCAAUUAAAUGGCAAAAAGUAAUAAUAUCAUUAACAUAAAUGGUCAACAAGUUCAUAUGUUGUAAUCUUUGUUUCCAAGUUGAUGCUUUCAAGAACAUGUAUAAAUUAAAUGCUUUAAUUCCGCUUCCAGUGCAAUCUGUUUGGUUUUGAUUGUCAUCUACACCAGGAGCAGAGUUGUGCCUAUGGAGCUUAUUCUGACACUGUUCACACUAAUGCAAAGCUAAUAAUGAUGGGAAAACAUCACCAGUGUGUGGCUGUUCCGUUUAAGCAGUAAUUUUAAGACCUUUUGACUAAUUGUCAGAUCUGCCACUCACAUAAGUGAACUCUGUGUUCCUGUGUUGCAGGCUCACUGGUCUUUUCUUCCUCUUUCCACCUCUUCUCCCCCAUUUUUUCUUUUUCUUACAUAAUUUUUCUGUAUCCAAGAGCUGUCCUCUGGAAGACUUUUUGGAGACUUCCAAGAAUUGCAGUGAAACACUCUUCUUGAUGCUCCAAGGAAAAUAAUGAAAACUGGUUGUGUUGCAAACAUUUUCUCCUGCAAAAUUCCAGAUGUUUGAAGACUGACUCAAGAUCUUUUAUUUUCUUUAAAAGCAGGUCCCACAAAGUGGCUUUGGGAGAGAUACAGGAGAAACUUUCUCUGCAAGACGAAAAACCAAACAGGAAGCCCAGGGUACUAAGCUUGUUUGUGCAGGAAAUUCAGAUUAUCUCUAUUUCACUCAGGUCAGCUCUCAAGAGUGUACAGGAAAACUGAUAUUUUACUAAAGGAUUUCCUUUCGGAUUUUCAGUGACAUGUUUGGUUACCAUAGCACUACUGUUUUGACCUGAUGAACAUUGUAAGGCUAGGCAUGACAUAUUAGGGAACUGAUGUUGGGGUUUUUUGUGUAUGUAUGUUUUGUUUUGAAUGCUGAAGAAAUGUGGUGAGGGCUGGUGUGUUGCUUAAACUGAUUUUUGUAGAAAUACUGCUAGAAAUAUGUUUAUGAAGUGUUUAUGGAAGUAUCCAAAGAGUAGUGCGUCAAAACAGCUAUACUGAAAGUUUUGCGGGAAAACAAACUUUGUAUUCUUUCCAAUGGUGUUUAAUAUUUCUUUACAAAAAGUUACUUGCUCUGAGCACAGCUCUCUGGAGCCUGGAAGCCUCCUUUCCUCCAUGAAAGAAAUAGUAUUUCAUUUUGAAGGUUACUGCAUUUAUACCAGGAAUCAGGAACUUAAAGACCUGGGAGAACUUGCUCCUCACUGGGACAACAUGCGCAAAAGUGUAAUUGCUCACUGUGAUCAGAUGUUGAGCAUGUACCAGGACACUCUUGCAGAGCUUGGGAAGCAUACAGGUUCUUCCUUUAAGUCAAGCUGUAGCAAAGGAGAAAAAACACUAGAAUUCAUCCCAAUAAAUCUUCAUCUGCAAAGAAUGCAUGUGCAUAGUCCUCAAUUCAAAGAUGCUCUGUAUGACGUUAUCACUGUGGGAGCCCCGGCAGCGCAUUUCCAAGGAUUUAAGAAUGGUGGGCUCCGGAAACUGCUGAGUAAAUUUGAGGCAGAAAGACGAAAUACUGGAUACCAGUGUAUUUACUAUUCACCUGAAAACACAGCCAAGGCAAAAGAAGUUCUCAGCAACAUCAGUCAUCUGCAACCUCUCAUAUCAAGCCAUGCAGACCUGCUGCUUAGUUCUGCAAGCCAGCGUUCUCCAGACAGCUUGAAGAAUUCUUUAAAGAUGCUUUCAGAAAAAACGGAGUUAUUUGUGCACACAUUCAAGGACCAGCUGGUCAGAAGUGCCCUUUUAGCGCUGUACACAGCCCGGCCUGGCUGUGUCCUCAAGAAACCAGCUGUGCCUAGAAACAGUGCAGAAGAAGGGGCUGAUGCACAGCACCAGGAUCAUCCUUCUCAGAUUAAAAGGCAGGACUCUAUACCCCAUCACUCUGAGUAUGAUGAGGAAGAAUGGGACAGGGUGUGGGCCAAUGUGGCAAAGAGUUUGAACUGCCUUAUUGCCAUGGUGGACAGAUUGCUUGAAAAAGACAACAUCAGCAACAUUAAAGAGGGUGAAAAUGAGCCUUCAGCAGCAGAUUGCAAGGUGUUGCAUACAGGAGGUGACUGGUAUGAACAGCUGUACCCGCUGGUGAUUACACUGAAGGACUGCAUGGGAGAGGUGGUGACCAGGGCCAAGCAAUCCAUGGCGUUUAUCCUGCUCCAGGAACUUGCCUGUGGUUUGCCCCAGUGUUUGAUGCUGACCCUAAGAAGAGACAUCGUCUUUAGCCAAGCACUUGCUGGAUUGGUCUGUGGUUUCAUAAUCAAACUGCACUCAAGUUUACAUGAUCAAGGAUUUUUACAACAGCUUCAUACUGUUGGAUUGCUUGUGCAAUAUGAAGGACUCCUUAGUACAUAUAGUGAAGAAGCAGGGAUGCUAGAAGAUAUGGCUGUGGGCAUUUCAGAUUUGCAGAAAGUAAUGUUUAAAGUAAUUGAAGCCAAGUCAGAAGAUUUUUUGCCUAUUAUAACUGGAAGGCGUGAACAUUACAUUAUAGAGGUCCAACUUCCAGCAAAGAUGUUUAAGCUGCUGCCACAAGAGAUUAAAGAAGGAAAGCUGCUUCGCAUGUAUCCAGUGCUCUUUAAUGUUGGAAUCAAUGAACAGCAAACACUGGCAGAGAGGUUUGGAGAUACCACUUUGCAGGAAAACAUUAACCAGGAAAACUUAGAACUUCUCAAGGAAUAUUACAAGUUAUUUACAGAAAAAAUGCCUCCUGAUUGUUUACCACAUUUUCAAGAACAAAAUGAUUUAAAGAUAUUGCUAGAAAGUCUUAAUCAAAAUAUCCAGGCCAAAAAGAGAAAGAAUGUAGAAAUCAUGUGGCUGGCUGCAACGAUUUGCCGGAAGCUGAAUGGAGUGCGCUUCACCUGCUGCAAAAGUGCCAAAGACAGGACAUCCAUGUCAGUGACGUUGGAGCAAUGCACCAUCCUGAGGGACGAGCACCAGCUGCACAAAGACUUCUUCAUUCGGGCACUGGAUUGCAUGAGGAGAGCACCUACAGAAUACCAAGUAAUCAGCUCAGAAAGGAUUGCAACUUCCAGCAACCUGCCUUGUGGUGGUGUGAGAAGGAUGCCGCAUAGAGAAUGUUCUGAAGAAUGUCAAAUGCAGAAAGUAUGCAUUCAACAUGAUACAGCUGAUGGCUUUCCCAAAGUACUACAGACCUCCAGAGGGGACAUAUGGAAAAGCUGACACCUAAGUUUAACAAAAGUGAAAUCACGAGCAUAUAUCAUGCUAAUUAGUGAAUAUAACAACUGCUAUUUAUGACGUAUGAAUUGGGAAUGUAUAACCAGUGGAGGUGUUAUUUUUAUAAGGUUUUAUCAUUUUAUAUUGAAAUUAAUCUGGUUAGUCAUUAUGAAAUAAAUACCAUGGAAAAGCAAUGGACUGGGUAUUCUGAAAAUCAAAUAUAUUCAACUUAUCUUUGUGAAAUUGAAGCUUAGUAUGACUCAUAAGCCAGCUGAAAUUAGUUUCUGGGGUCAUUUGAUUGAAGAUUAAAAAGGGAAAUGGCAUUUGCUGUAGGAACAGAGAUUAGUAAUCUGGAAGGUGGCAUUCUGACUCCAAACCAAACCCUGAGAUUUGAUUUAAGGGGUCUCUUACUACUGGAAAAGGUGUUUUCUGUAACCAGCAGAGUACUGAGGUGAUGCUCUCUAAUGAUUAAACGCUUCACAGAAAUAUUUAUGCAAGAUGCUAAUGUUAAUAUCUGGGCUAAAUAUAAUUUGGGUAAUUACAAUUAGCUUCUUUACAUAACUUCAUAAUAUGUUUUUAGUAAUUGCAGACUGUGAUUUCAGUAAUUCUACUCUGAUUCCCUGCGGUUCAUUUGGAUGUAUCACUUCUGGUUUUCUGCACCCCAGCCAAAUAUCAGUUACUUCACUUUCACAUGAAUCGCACUGAAAUCAGGGAGAUUAUUCCAGAAGUAAGGUGACCUGAAUUUGACCUCCUAUUUAGUGUAAACCCUUAAAAGUAAAUUUUCUUUAGUGGUAGGGAAAAUAAGUUGUAUAUACAGGAGUUAAUGUAUCUUUGGACUAUGAAAACAUAUGUUAUUACAAAGCCUGAAAUAAAUGUUAUGAGUAAACUGGUGUACUAGGACUAGUUAGUCACUGCAGCUGAUUUAUACCAAAUCUGUAAUGCUGCAGGUAGACACUCUAGGAUGAAGAGCUAUCAGCUUUAAAAAUAAAUGUUAAUGCUCUGCCAGCUUGUGUUAGUCGUGAAAUUUGUCUUGCAAAGAACAUUUGUGUUUUCUAAUUGGGUCUAUUUACUACCUUCUUCUGCCUCCCAGAGAGAAAUACAAUUUAAAAUUCCCAAGUAUUCACUGGUUACUGACCUUUAUGUAAUGCCUUCUUUCCAUAUCCAGAGCAGAAGUAUGACAAAUGUAUCCUAAUGAAACUACCCUGGGAAUUUGAGCAUCUGUAGGAAAUUGUAAUUGCCAUGGAUAAAGAAGUAAAUGUUUGCUUACUCCUAUGGAAGUCAAAGAAAUCUCUAUACACCAUGACUUUUAAUUUGUUCUUUUUAAUCCAUUAAUACCCAUUACUGGGUAUAAAUCUGUAACUAUAACAGAAUUUAAGAGCCUGAUUCUGCAAAUUUUAUUUGGGUGAUCCAUGGAACUGAUCUAUAAUUUAGCUAAAAUUAAAUGUAUCUUGUAUAUUUGCAAGAUCAGGCUUUGGAGUUUGUAGGAAAACAUCAGAAAGAGAUCCUCAUUCUAAUAUUCACUGACUUCAGUGGAGCCAGAAAUUCACCUAUACAAUAUAUUAACUAAUUGGAACUACUUUUUCCAAGAAAAGUAGAUAAUGUAUGUAGUGUUUUGGUGCAUUAGUUUUUUAUUUCUAUUAUAUAAUGUGCUGUCAUUAAUUGCUUCCUUUUUCUUGGAAUGUAUUACUUCAGUAUAUGUCAGAAGAGUUGACAAUGCAUCACAGAUAAGCUCAGACUGAUGAGAACAUAAUGCCUUGAUUUCUUCUUGUCAUGUACCAGUAGAAGUGGACAGUACACAUUGGGUGGCUGGAUAUGUGCAUAAAUUAGUGUUUGUCUAUGAAUAUAAUGUAGCUGGUCUGUGUGAAACUUUUUUGUGGAUUUAUGGAGCAUAAUCCUUCCUAGAAAAGUAAUGUUUUCUUCUGUCAGGCUGCUGCACUAGCCUUCACUACAUACAUGUUUAUUAUUAGCUUAAAAAAGCCCAACAUAUGCAGUUUAGAGAUAGUGAUAAAUUCCUCGUGGAUCACUGAUAUAUCCCCAGGUAUGUAGUAGAGAAUGCCAACCAUUGCACAGUAAUUCUGAAACAAUCUGUAAAAAUCUCAUUGGAGAUGGUGUUCUCUGCUGGGUGCUGUAGAUACCUAGACUUCUUUAUCUGAGUCCCAUUGGCAUUCUGUCAAGUUAAAAAUAUGAAAUUAUCUAGAUUUUCUUGUCAGGAAAAAAGUUUUUCAAGAUUUUGCCUCAGGAUUUUAUUCCUGCCCAGGCUCUAAAUUGCUGUUGUCACUACCAUGUUAUUUUUGUGAAGUGGUUUUUCACGUUGAAGCCAUGGAAGAAAAAAUGGCACUGGAUUACUGUCCUUUUUGUUUUAACAGCCAUUCUUGUGAAAUUAAAUAAUCUCUUAUUUGCUAAAGAUUAUUAAGACAAAACCACAAUCACAUCAGUCGGCUGCAGUGAAACUUCAUUGUGCUCGGGCCAUUACAGAAGAGUUGGCUGAAUUCUGCGCUAAAUAGUACUGAAAUUUUUCUCACUAAUAUUUGGAUUAGAAUAUGUAGGUCAGGAGAGCUUUAUAAAACCUUCUGAGUGCUCCAAGUCUCCUGGAAAAGCCUCAUUGCUUCAGUAGCAAAAAAGGCCCAAAUGUUGUUUUUUCAGUGCCUGCUGGUGGUCCCUGUGGGCAAAGGCUGUGCCAUCAGCUGACCAUGGAUUCAAAAUUCGUGGGUUUUCUGGUAUGCCUUUUAUAAAGAAACAAAGAGGGGUUUGCUGCAGGUUGAUGGUUGUGUUACAUGGAGUACAUUUACUCUGUGUGGCAGCUUCUUCCAGCCCUGUGAGUUGUUUGAAUGUCUAACAGAGGCGUUAAAUCAUCCCUAGGGUCUUGCACAUUAUCUUGUAGCUCACUGUGGCUUUCAGAUUAGUAAAACUACACAACUUAAUUUUUAUAAGCAAACUACAUUGUUUGUUUUGCAGAGGAAUAAGGUAAGCAUAGUGAUUUUGAUGGUGGCUUUGCAAAAACUGUUCCAUAACUGCUCUCUUAAAACUUUUGUAAGGUAUAAAAUAAUCUGCUUUUAGAGGAGGGCAGUUCUCAAGGGCCAGAAGAUGAAAAUUCAAAAAUACAUCUGGCAUCUAAAGCCAAAUCUUGUCUUACAGAUGAUAUUAUUUGUAGAAAUCAAAUCAGGAUCUGUCUUGAGGAAUCCUGAAAUAAGGGCUUCUAGCUUUCAAUAUUUCUAUAAUGCAUCACACACUUAGAUGGGGGUUUUGUCCCACAGAGUAAUGACUAAAUAGAGAGCUAGUCUGAAAUACCUAAAAAUAUAAGGAAAGGAAUGUUAUUUUUUUUCCCAGAAAUUAUUGUUAUAUUGUUAUAGUACAUGUCUGUGACUAAUAUUAUAUUAUCUAUUGUUUAUAAUACAUGUUUAUGACUGACAUUAAACAGUCAGGUCUUUUUUUUCUGAAGUCUUUUGAGGAAUUUAAAAUACAUUCUGAUUAAUGUUUAUAUUUUGGCUUUUAUGGAGCAAUUAGGAACCAAAAAUUUUUAAUUAUGUUAUCUGAUUUUUGUCUAUGUGAAGCUAUGUAUUUUGAUGGAAUCCUAGCAAUGUGUGUGUUAUAAAGAAAAAAUAAUUUAGGAGGACAACUGAAACAAAAUAUUAACUGAGAAGUAGUGUUAAUGAAGCCCUUUGCAAUCUUAAUUUUUUGGUGUCUGAACUUUUCUAUUACAUAAGUGAAAUGAGGAAAUCAACAAACAAUUUUAUGUCUAAAUCAAUCUCUCCUGAUGAAAAUUCACUUAGUUGCAGUGGAAUAACUUGAAAUGGUAUUCUAAAUCUUCACUAGUAAUUUUGGUAUAAUGAAGUGCAACACUUCAUUCUGAAACCUGCUCUAUAAUAUGCCUAUUGAAAGUUUCAGGAAAAACUUAUUUUUAUUUCUAGAUUAAACACAAGUUCCAAGAAAUCCUUUGGUCCAUUUAAAAAAAAAAAGCAGAAAAUGCACUGAACAUCAGCUAGUGUAAUAAAGAAAGGAAUUGCAUUGAAUUCAACUAUGCAGCAAAAUUACUUGUGUGAAUUAAUUUAUGUAAUCACUUAAGAGUCUUAUACAUACAUUGUGUCAGUUGGUUAUGUUGUAAACUUGAAACCAUUGAUAUCUAUAUUUAUGUUCUUUUUUAUUAUAAAGAAGUGUACUGUAUAGGCAGUGCCAUGAGAAAUGAAUUUUCAUCUUGCUUUUCACUUCUUUGCAGCUUAAAAGCAUAUAUUUACAAUGGAAAUGCUUUAAAGUAAUUUGCUGUUCUUGAAGACACAAACUUACCUUGUAUGUUACAUGUUUACAAAAAAAAAUCAUACAAAUGCUUUUUUAGAGAGAAAAAAAAUCAGAGACUUCAGUCCUUAAAACAUGGUUUUUUCCCUUAGCCAUGCAACACCUCGACUGUUGUGUUGCCAAGUAUUUGGCUUACACUCUGCAGGACUCAAACAUUUAUUUUCUCUUUCUUUCAUAGCAUCUGCUGAAUAAGUAAUAUAACUGCCAUGACUAUCAGCAUGACACUCAUGAUCCAAGGUUAAAACAUUUGCUCAAAUAUGAGCAAAUAUUUCAGGAUAAAUAAACUACAAGAAACUUGUAGACUACCAGCGUCUCCAUGUUCUAAAGAGCUGAAACACAAGGCACAGGAUUUGUGUGCUGACUGGGAAAAAGAGUUACAGUAGGAGUCUGACUAUGAUAAAAGAGUGCCCUGGACAUGCCAGGUUCAGAGUAGUGAGAUUUGAACCACACUGCUCUUACUUAAAGUUCUAACUGUUGGCAGUGGUAUUUGAUUACUCUUUCCAUGCAUGCAAAAUGCUUUAAAAGUUUUCAGCACUUCUGUUUAUGAAUGGUCUGACUUUAAAACUUCUAAAAAAACCAAAUUACUUUGGUACCUGUUUUCUUUUUGUGUAGCUGUUCCUUUCUUAAAUUCUGGAGCACAUAGGGGUGUGUAUAAGUAACAUUAACAGGACUUCAGUCCGCAGCAUGUGUUUGCCCAGAGAAACAAAGCACAACUAUAGGAAUUCAAUGCUUUUUAUGUUUCAGGGUUUAUAAUUUUUGUUUCAUUGCUGUUUGUAAGCCAUAUCCAUUGUACACUAUGUGUAUAUUUUUAUUUAAAUAAAUUUAAUGUUUAUUUUUUAUGU